CGCACCACCCGCUUCCGACCCAAAUCCUCCUUCACCUCCCGUGCUCUCCUCUUCCCUGCCGUCUAAACCCUCGCCCGUGCUCUACCUCCGGCGGCGGCGGCGGCGGCUGCGCUCUCUCUCUCCGGCGAGGCCGGCCUCUGCUUCCACUACAUCAGUAAGGAAGUAUGGAUAUACCUGCUGAGGCUCUUGCGGUUGCGGAGCAUGAGCUGAGCGAGAUCCCUAAUCUUGGUGAGCCAGCCGAUAUUAAAACUGAGGAACAAGCCAAUCCUGACAGUGAUGUGCCAGAGCAGUACGAGGAAGAGCUGGAAAAACCAUCUCCUGAUGAGGAACUGAAAGAACCCAAAACCGAAGAAUGUGGGAACCCAAACGAUGGAUUGCAGGUGAACAUGAAGAUUGAGAAUAUGGGGCAUGAGCUUAAAGAGGACCAGGCUAUCCCUUCGCAUGAAGCGCCAGCAGAUGUUGAUGGUGGGGAAGCUGAGGCAGAGCAACUGGCCAAUGUGGAGACGGAAGAUAAGAAAUGGCCUGGGUGGCCUGGAGAAAGUGUGUUCCGUGUACUGGUUCCUGUCCAAAAGGUGGGUGCUGUCAUUGGCCGCAAAGGGGAGUUUAUCAAAAAAAUGUGUGAAGAAUCCAGAGCUCGCAUAAAGAUUCUUGAUGGCCCACCAGGUGUUCCUGAAAGAGCUGUAAUGAUUUCAGCAAAAGAUGAACCAGAUGCACUUGUUUCUCCAGCUGUCGAUGGUUUGCUCAGAGUACAUAAAAGAAUAACGGAUGGUUUAGACAGUGAAACUGAUCAGCCUCAGCGAGGUGCUGGUCCUGUAGGCCCAACACGGCUACUUGUGCCAGCUUCCCAAGCUGGCAGCUUGAUUGGCAAGCAAGGAGCAACCAUUAAAUCCAUACAGGAUGCAUCAAAAUGUGCUCUCCGCAUUCUUGAGAAUGUGCCACCUGUGGCAUUAAAUGACGACAGAGUUGUUGAGAUACAAGGUGAACCUCUUGAUGUUCACAAAGCAGUGGAACUGAUUGCAAGUCAUUUGAGAAAAUUUCUUGUUGACCGCAGUGUUCUCCCUUUGUUCGAAGCACAGAUGAAAGUGCACAAUGUGCCCAGAGAGCAACCUAUGCCUGCUCCUCAGCCAUGGGGUCCUCCUCCACAGUGGAGUCAUCCACCAAACAUUCCUCCUCCUGGCCCAGGUUAUGGUGGGAAUCCACAUUUUAUGCCUCCACGGCCUCAAGAUAACUAUUAUCCUCCUCCUGAUGUGCACCCGGUGGAAAAGCAACCUCAGUAUGGAAUUUCUUCGUAUGGACGUGAUGCACCUCCUAGUGGUGCUCCUCCUGUCUCAGGGAAUCAACACCUGCCACCUGGGUCUUCUCAAAUUACACAAACCUUACAAGUUCCUCUUUCGUACGCUGAUGCUGUGAUUGGGGCUGCUGGUGCCAGUAUUAGCUACAUCCGCAAGCAUAGUGGUGCAACAAUAAGUAUUCAAGAAGGUGUACCUGGAGAGAUGAAUUUGGAGAUGACAGGGAGUGCCUCACAAGUUCAAACUGCUCAGCAACUAAUCAAGAAUUUCAUGGCCGAAGCUUCUCCACAAGCUCCCCCGCCAGGCCCUGCCCCUCCCUCCCAACCAGUUGAUAACUACAACUCUUACCCUCCAUAUGGAGGACCAUCUUAUGGAUCUCCUCCAGGUGGUGCAGGUCCUGGUCCGCACAAUGGAGGAAGCUACGGUGGUGCACACUACCCGCCAAACUAUGGGUAUUAGUUGUAAGGCAAACGGUCUAGGCUUUAGAGGAGAGGGCUUUCGUUUUUGUUGGCCAGCCUGUUCAUCUGUUGAGAACUUGGUAUUAUUAGGAUUUCAAAACUUUUGGUGCUGUAAACUGCUUUCUGACGCCUGUGACAACUGUUCUACGACCUGCUGGUUACAUGCUCUUUUGGUGCUGUAAACUUAAUUAUUAACCUAUCCUCCUUCCUACUCCACCUAAUCAUAUUUUUUCACCUAA